CACAACACGAAACCUGCGCACAGGUCUCAGUUGCAUUGGCUUUGCUGCACUGAUUUACACGUUACUUAUUAUCAGUCGGGUGUGAGAGAACGCAACGUAAACGGAGCACUUUUUUUCUCCAACCUGCUUGCUUGUAACCUGUGAUGUGUGUCACCCAUCACAAAUGACUUUAGAAGAUACUUGUUUGACUUUUUCUCCUCAUGAAACUUGGCCGAUUCAACAGGCAGUUGCACAAAGUCAGUCGAUGCCAUCAGAGGCUUGAUUUAGUGUUGUAUUAAGUGUUUUUGAGUCCCCGCUCAAGAUGAACGGAACAUUCUUCAACAACACAGCUUUUACGCGUGGGGCUCUGCUCAAUCGCAGCCAAGAGCUCGCGGGGACGCUGGUGGACUGCUGCGCACGCAACGGGAGCGAAGUGACCGCAAACGACGGCGGCGGGUCUUUAGUUCUCGCGCAAGACGAGCGCAAGCUGUUCGUGACGCGCGUGGUGCAGAUCGCCGUGCUGUGCGUACUUUCGCUCACCGUCAUGUUCGGGAUCUUCUUUCUGGGUUGCAACCUCAUGAUCAAGUCAGAAAGUAUGAUUAACUUUCUGGUCAAGGACCGGAGACCAUCCAAAGACGUCGAGGCAGUUAUGAUCGGACUGAGUUAGACACUGGUGUCACCUGUAAUCGGGCUGCCGUACCGAAUGGCACCAGUGACCAUCGAUUGUUCUCAGAUUGUGUGGAGAUAUGCAACUUCUACUCGUUUAAAGCAAAGAUGACAGAGUGCACGUUUACCAAACGCGAAUGUAUUGUUUGUUCAUGUUUACAAAGCUUUUGCAUUUUAGAUAUUACAGUGAAGUGUUCACGCGUUUUUACCUCAGAAAAUAAGCAGCGUAUAAUUAUUUGUAUUUUGUUUGUAAGACAAUCACUUUUAAGAGCAUGUUUUGUGAACGGUAACUUUUGCAUUUUGGUAUCGCAGCUGUUUUGAUCUUAAAAUGUCCAAAUGUAUUUUCUUCGACCGAGAGCACGCGAAAGGAGGAGCGCGCAUCUGGUGGGGAAACUUGCACGUUUAUUUUCCCUGCUCGCACCUGCGGACGUCUCUCCCUUUGGCAUGCAUGAUGCCCGGUGUGUCCUGCACUUUCUGAAUAAGACCGA